UCUAGACUCAAACACACCGGUGUACACAAAAGUCUGUGUGUCUCCAAAUGCCAAGAUUUCAGCAUGACAGUUCCAUGGUUGAUCAGAUGACAAGACUUAAACUCAAACUGCUGAAGAAGGUAGAGACUGGAAAACAAAAAGCACAACAUGGACAACAGAGCAGAAUCUGCCCAGUCUGCAAGGAGUUACCGGUAUGAUGGACAAUUAGAUCAACUUCACCGUGCUCUGAGGCGAAAACAGGACCUACUGCAAAGACUCAGGGAGCAGUACAUGUUAGAGGACCUCAACAGACCUCACACCUGGGGAGGGUCACAGAGACAGUACAAGUCACAUUUCUACACUGCCCCUCAGCCACCGCCUCCUCUGCCAUUCCACCAGCCAGCCCCUGCUCUGCCCUUUCUGCCCCCUCCACCGCCACCACCAGCCCCGCCUCAGCCUCCGCGCAUCAUCCAACAGACUCUACCCCAGCAGCCUGCAACCAUUAUACAACAGCUGCCACAACAGCAGCCUCUCAUUACUCAGAUUCCCCCACCUCAGCCCUACCCUGCACCUGCACCACGCUCGGGCAGCAUCAAAGAGGAUAUGGUGGAACUGAUGCUGAUGCAAAACGCCCAGAUGCACCAGAUCAUAAUGCACAACAUGAUGCUGAAAGCCAUGCCUUCUAUAUCGCCACCUGGAGGGCCAAAUGCUCCUCUAACUACAUAUCUUGGGCAGGACAGUUACCAGGGAAACCCUAUUUUCGUAAGGCCAGAUGUCAAACCAAGAGGAAGUGCUGUCCAUCAUCACCAUCACUAUGCCCCUGCAGCACCACAGCUGCCUCCCAUCUGUCACCCUACAUGGCUACCAACGGUGUCAUCUGUCCCAGCCGGACAAGCAGGGGCACAUUUACCCUCCGUACACCAUGACACAGCCACUUUCACACUCCCAACACUCAAUGUGUAAGGUGCACAUGUACUCUGUGUCUAGUAUUUCAAACAAUUCAUUUUUACUUUUACUUUUUUUUAGCCUUCAUCAGAGCUGAGUUUGGGCCUGAUGAAGGUCACUAGACUGAAACGUCAGCAUGUUUGUUUGACAUGGUCAGAAUAAAGUGGUGAAACUGAGAUUAGCCAA